AGGCCCCCCUGCCAGCGAGGCCCUGAAGGACGCAGUCCUGGACCUGGCCAGCUCAGCCAGGGCGCACCUGACAGAAGCGCGCGCCCUCGCCCCCCGCCUCCCGCGCGGCGCCGCCGCGGUGCUGCUGCCGGGGGCGCUGGCGGGGCAGUUCCUGGGGGCGCUCGAGCGCGCGGGGUUCGACGUGUUUGCGCCGGGGCUGCCGGCGGGCGGGGUGUCGCACCUGCGGCGCGCGGUGCUGGUGAAGUGGCACUCCUUGAGAGGGACCUAUUGA